AUGGAUGCCAAGUUGAUAGAGCCAUUUUUGAUAUAUUUGCCCAUUCCACAAAGAGUAGUCCUGCUUGUCAUAUUUGGAUUGCUGUUAUGGACGUGGCUUCUGGGAAUAUCAAGCACAUACUUUGAUAUUUCGAGAGUUAUUAUCUCUUCAGAUUCUACCGGGUUGACUCCAUAUUCUACAUCCUCAAAACUCUACCAAAAUAAUGUGAAACUUCUGAGAAUUAUUAUAAGAACAAUUUUACCAUGGCAAUUGAUAUGUAUCGUAGUAUUUCAGUAUUGUCUGUUGAACAACAUUGAAAAUAAAUUGGUGUGGCUUCUUUUAAACGUUUCUCCGGUAUUUGAGUUAGCAUACAUAUUCAUAACAAUUCUCUGGACAUCCCCAAUGAUAGCAAGGUGCAUAAAAAAUAUAUUUUGGCUCGCGAACAUCGAACCAAAACCUUACAGGAAUAACUACAUUAUAAUUAGUGACACUAUGACAUCAUAUUCGAAGCCUCUAGUGGACCUAGCGAUUUAUAUGUCCUUCUUGUUUCAUGAUCCAGCCAACCCAAAAUGUCAAUUCGAACGUUACCAAAAUGCAAUAUCUCUCAACAUUGAUGUCAUUGUCGGGAUCAUACCGUCUUUAAUUCGGUUGGUUCAGUCGUUAAGAGAGUUUUCAAGGGCAAGAAAAGAGAAAGGCGACAUUACACAACUAUUCAACGCAAUCAAAUACGCUGGAAAUAUCCCAAUAAUGCUAUUUACGGUGUACACCAGGUAUUACCGAGUUGGGCCUAUUCGCACAGUAUACUGGUUUAUGUUGUGGAACUCCUUAUACACUUUUUGGUGGGAUUUGACGAUGGACUGGAAACUAAACCUUCUCAACUUUUCAAAAAGAGGUUUCAAAAAUAAUGACAAUAAGGUCUUAAGAAACACUUUAUUGUACCACAACCCUAUUCAUUAUUACUGUGCCAUAUUUACUGAUUUCUUUUUAAGAUUCAUGUGGCUUUGGGAAUACCUCAGCGGGGGCUCGAUAUUUUACGGUGAGCUGAACAUUUUCACCUUACAAAUAUUGGAGUUGCUUAGACGGUGGAUAUGGCUUUUCUUUAAGAUAGAAUCAGAAUACAUAUCUGUGUCAGAAGGUACCAAGAUGCACGAUUGA